AUGCCGUUUUCGCCCACCACAAUCAAAGGGAUGCCUUCCUCGAAACCUGCCGCCUCUGGGGACGUCCCCAAACACCGUGCCUGCGACGAGUGCCGAUCUCGCAAGCUCGCCUGCUCCAAGGAGGCCGAUGGCUGCGCCCGCUGCAAACGUGAGGGCAUUCCCUGCUACUACUCGCCUCAGAAGCCCAUGGGUAGGCCACGCAAGCGUCGUGCCACGGACGAGUCCGACUCCCAAGCACCAGCCUCGCGACGCCGCCCAUCGCCGGGCAUUCAGCGAAGCCGCAGCGCCUCUUCUUCGGCCCACUCUACCGGACCAGAGAUUCGGUCCUUUCAGCUGAGCGGAACGCCGGCUCCAUCAUUCAGCGACCAGAACUUUGGCUUCCUGGAUCACCAGGCGGGCACGCCUGACAUGGCCUUGUUCGACAUCCUCCCGAGCUACUACCUCGCCAUGACGACAGCCUCGCCAGCCGGAUGCGCAUCGACUCAGGGCUUCCACGGGGCAUUGCCCAUGGCACAGGACAGCAUGGGCAUCUACAAUGACAUGUCCUUUCUCGACCCGGCCUUUGCCUCCGCCCCGCAUGACAGCCAGGACGCCUUUGGGGCGACGCCAGAUCUUUCUGUCGGAUCUCACACGCCCCUUAAUUCAGAGCCCUCCUUCUCGCCUCCGCCUCGUCACACAAGAGCCUCGACGCAGCCAGGAUCGAAAGAGUUUUUCCCCACCGAAGUCUUGCAGCCUAUUCCCUCCGUGUCCUGCCCAUGUCUCUCCUCCCUCUACAUGGCCCUUGAAUCCAUGGCCAACCUCCCCAGAGACAUAUCAGCAGCGAUGCGCGUUGCCCGGCAUGCGUCUAAAGUCGCGCAAGGUGUCAUUCAUUGCAAAGUGUGCUCUUGUAACCUUUUGGACAUUUCCAAGGCGCCACCUAUGCAGUCUUUCCAAAACAUGAUGCUUCUCGCCACGCUCGUUCCUUCGGCCUGCAACGCUUACGCGGCCAUUGUUGAAAUGAUUGACCGCGAAAGCAAUCUAGCCAUGCAGCAAGGCCGUCGCAUCUUCUUUUCCAUGCGCGAAAUGGGUGGGCUCUGGGAGCAUCAAGCCGUCAGCGGCCGCGCGCUCCCGGCUGAUCUGAUGGAAUUUGACAACACAGAUCUCGGUCCGCAAGAAUGGCGCCGGAUCAUGCUGGUGAUUAUCCGGCUCGAUGUCUACGGGGACAAGGCGAAGCAGCCCAGCCGUCCGAGCGGGUCUCCCUCCAUGAUGGGCCUCAGCGAUGUCGUGGCCGCUCUUGAUGAGCGCAGCCAGAAGCGCCACGACCUGGUCGAUGCCUCCAUGGCAGCGGGCACGCUGCCGCCGCACACGCACUACAUGAUGACGCCACGCAGCUGCAAACCAGAGGACAGGAAAUGCCUUCGAAUUCUCGAGGUUGCGCGGAUGGCCCUGAACAGUCUGGUCAUUGCCUAA